AUGUCACACGUAUUAAAAAGGUCAAUAUCCUCGAAUGCAAUAAACAAUCUAAAGAGAAGACCCUCAUUACCCACGAUUCAUAGGACUCUUUCACAAACAAGUAAUUUUAGUACGGGUUCCACCAUUGCAGUGACACCCUCUUAUCAAGUUCAAAAUGAAUCAUUCAAUGAAUUCAUGUAUUUCCUUUCAGGUGAAGAUUAUUACAAUAAGGUGAAUUCAUUAUGGGAUAAUCUACCUAAGGAGACAAAGGACGUAUUUAUAGCUAGGGUAUUGAUUAAGAAGGAAAAUAACCAUAGGAAGGAAUUAAAUUAUAAUGAUAUUAAGGAAUUGUUUCAAGGUCAAGGGACACCAACGAAGGGGUCAUUUCUUCAUUAUAGGAAGAAGAUUGGACCUUAUAUUCGACAAGAGGCACCUGGAUUGAAAGAACAAACUAUUUCCAAAAUUAUUGGACAGUUAUAUAAUAAUGAAUUGACUGGAGUGGAUAGAGAGAUUUUGAAAAGGGAAGCUGAAGAGAUUUAUGAAAGGGAGAUGAAGCAAAGGUUAGAGGUUGCUAGGGAUUACAUUGAUGAUUCUACGAAAAUGUUUGAUAAGGACCCAUAUAUUGAAGAGAUUAGACAUUGGAAGGAGAAGAAAGAAUUGGCUAAUAAAGUUAAAGAGUUGAAUAGUUUGAUGGAAAGAUUGGAAUCUUAUUCUCAAAGUGGGAAUGCUACUCCCAUGAAUGCUACGACGAGUAAAGAAAUGUGUCAAAAGGAAGGAGAUAUCGUAAAGACGACCACGAAGACGAAGACGAAGACGAAGACGAAAACGAAACCAGAGGAAGAAAAUUCAAAACAAGAGAAAAGAGAAAAGGUAUCAUUUGCAACAGCUAUUUCUAAUCAAUCGAGGAAGUUAGUUAGAAAAUUCAAAAGGAAGAAGCGUCCAAGUAAGCUAGAUCUGUAUAGAAAACCUGAAUGA